UCAAAAACAGAUAUAUUUAUCGAUUGACCUCAACUUGAAUUACUUUAAACAAAAAUAAUUCUAUCAAAAGUUAUUGCAUUUAUUGGCAUAUUAAACCAGAAUAAAAAUGAGAUGGACAGUUCAUAUAGAAGGUGGGCCAAUGCGCGUAAAUCAUGCGGCUGUUUGUAUUGGAGAUAAAGUUUAUUCAUUCGGUGGUUACUGUUCCUCCGAAGAAUACAAAGAUUGGGAGCCAAUUCCCGUCCAUGUUUUGAACACCGAAACACUGCGAUGGGCUGCCGUUAAUUAUGUAAAGAAUGACGUUGUCCCUUUCCAAAGAUAUGGCCACACUACAGUAGCUUAUGGAGAUAAGGUUUUUAUGUGGGGUGGCAGAAACAAUUCAGUAGCAUGUGAAACACUAUCUGUUUUUGAUACAAAAUUAUUAGAAUGGUCCGUGCCUACUGUUUCUGGCAUGAUUCCCUUUGCUAAAGAUGGCCAUUCAGCAUGUGUUAUAAAUAACAAAAUGUAUAUAUUUGGUGGGUUUGAGUAUCUGACUGACCAGUAUUCACAAGAAGUCCACUGUUUGGACCUGGAUACGCUUCAUUGGACGUAUUUUGAUGCCUGUGGUGAUAUACCUUCUCAUCGUGAUUUCCAUACGGCGGUUCCUGUCGGUGACAGGAUGUAUGUGUUUGGGGGAAGAGGUGAUCUUGAUAGCCCACAUAAUUCUCUGGAAGAAGUAUACUGCCCCCAAGUGUUCUAUUUAGAUACAAAAGAGAUGAAAUGGGUUGUCACAAAGCCCACUGGAACAUGGCCUGAAGGCAGGCGUAGUCAUUCUGCAUGGUUCCAUGAUGGCUACAUGUACAUUUUUGGUGGUUUUAACGGGAACACCAAAACCCACUUCAAUGACUUAUUUAGAUAUUCAAUUCAAGGGAAUUACUGGCAAGAAGUACAUGUUCUUGGAUCUGCUCCUUGUAAAAGAAGACGACAAGCCAUUUUAUUGUAUAACAAUAAAGUAUACUUAUUUGGAGGCUCCAGUCCAUGCCCACACACAAAUAGUCGAUCAGUUGACCUCAACAAUGAUUCAGAACGGCUGACAGACAACAGCGAUCUUCAUGUCUUAGACUACUCUCCUACAUUAAAGACGCUUAGUAUUUUAUGUGUGUUGGAGCACAAUUUAGACCAGUCAUCCUUGCCACGUGAUAUAGUACGAGAUAUUCAAUUAAUGGUGUUGCCAAACCGAAUAAGCAGGCCCUUUAAUCAGGCAGGCUAAUGCUACCAAUUUAUUUUGCAACUUACCCAUCAGAACUUUUGUUAUAAUUUGACUUUAUAAAAUAAGAUUAUAAUAAAAAAACUUUGUUCUCUUUGAUGUUUAGGUUGAUAACUGUAGUCAACUCUGUGGGCAGUUGUCACAGACAUACUUAUGACCAAAUACUCAAAGAUACAUUGGUUUGACUUUAACAGAAUCUUCAGUUUAUUUUUAUUUCUAAAUUAUAUUAACAGCAGGAGAGUAAAAUUAAAUAUAUUUAUUGAUUCUCCUGAUUUCUUUAUUGUAACAGUUAUGUUUGAUACAUUUGAGUGUUUGGCCAUAAGCCAAAUUUAAUUAAGUAAAAGAGUUUAUUAUUGCAAUAUAUUUAACAACACUUA